AUUAUUUUAUUAUACUAUAUAGAUAUUAAUAAUCGCGUGUUGAUCUCGUCAUCUCGAUCACUUAAUAAGAACUAGGAUUCUAGGAACGCGUUUUUUUCCUUAUUACUAUAUUAUUUUUCUUAAAAAUGGCUAAAAUAAAGAAAGUUCCCGCUGCUAAAGGCGAUGACGCAGAACAAAUGAUCGUGGAUUAUUUGAGAAAGACGAAUAGACCUUACAGUGCUACCGAUGUUUCAAAUAAUCUUCAUGGAGCUAUAACUAAGACGGUCGCACAGAAGGUGUUGAACGCUCUUGCAAUUAAAUCCGAAGUUCGUCAGAAAGUCUAUGGGAAGCAAAGUGUUUAUGUCAUUAAUCAGGAACAAUUCGAGUCACCUUCACAGGAAGAAUUGAAUGAUAUGGAUUCAAAAAUCGAGGAACUUAAGAAGGAAGUUGAUAAAUACAAGGAGAAAAAUAGACAAUUAACGUCAGAAUUGGCUACAUUGAAUAAUUCUCUUACUAAUGAGCAAUGCGAGGAGAGACUGAAAGUUCUAACCGAACAGAACAGGAAAUAUGAAGAACGGCUAAAAGAAUUACAGUCAGGCACUAAACAAUUUUCUGUUGAUGAUGCAAAACGAAUUGAUGAAAAGUUUGAGAAAAAUCGUAAAUUCUGGAGACAAAGAAAAAGAAUGUUUGACGAGAUUGUCUCGACAAUAUUGGAUGCUAUUGAUAUGAAGAAAAAGGUAUUUGAGGACGAGGAAUUGUUUAUCGAGAGAGAUCCUAUUGAUAUCAACGAGGAUCCAUUGAAAGAUUUGUAAAGUUCACCUUUGAACAACCUAAAUUAGCCUUCGCAUAAUAAUGUAAUAAUUCUUGGCCAACUUUAUACUUAAUUUUAAUUUUUGCUCCGAGUAUAUAAGAUUUCUAAUAUAACUGCGGUCUAAGUAGAAUUCAAUCAAAAUUUUCUUUUUUUGACAGAGUUAAGUUGACAUAAUUGACUAACCAAACCUAUAAGUAAAAGUUUCAUAAUAAAUAGUCUGUCAUAAGAUGA